AGAGGUGAAAGAGGUUUAUCCUGGUGCCUUGUUAUAGACCCUUCUGUCCCCCGUUAUUCCUGCUGUUUCCGCAGGUAGUUUAUCUGAUACCAUUGGAGUGAAACACCAGUGCCCGUAUGUUCGGAUAAACUUGCAUAAGUGGACUUUUUGUAAGUUUUCAGGACGGUUCACGGCAGACUCCGUUAGCUAAAUAUGCUAACUGAAGCUAGCCUAGCGUGCUAGCUGGAAUUAGACGGAGAUAGAACUCGGUCACACAGCUCUAGUCACAGUGAAUAUCCAAUAGACACCAAAUUGUAUUUUUUUGUGGACCCACAAUGUCUAGAUAAACCUGUCUGAAUGGAGUCUGUACGGUCCUUUCUAAUUUAAAACGCCCAGAUCAUCCUUCGGUGUCGUACGAAGCUAAUGAAGUUAGCUUGGUCUCUGGAAAUAGACGGAGGCGGAGGUAUCCAGUAACGCGGCGCACAUCAGAGUGAACAAACCGUCUUUAAAGGAGUGUGUCUGGAGGAAAAGUUGCUGUGAUUGAGAAAAAAUGUCUAAAGUUCAAAUGCUGAGAGCUUUUGUCAACCAGCGACUAACUGCGGCAGCUGAAGAGAUCUUUGAGCUGUUUGAAACAACGAUAGCAGAGUACGAGGAGAAACUUGAGUUCAGUUCAAAAGAGAAUCACCGACAACGGAAACUACUGGACGCUGUUUACAACCCUGUCCGGUUACACAGAGCAGAAGUCCAGCAGCCGUUGGUGGUUAAAGAAGAGGUUCCUCCUGAGCAGCAAGAGUGGAGCUCCAGUCUGGACCAGGAUGAACCAGAGCCCCCACACAUUAAAGAAGAACAGGAGGAACUCUGGAGCAGUCGGGAGGGAGAGCAGCUUCAGGGGCUGGAGGAGGCUGAAAUAGAGUUCACAGUCACUCCUGUCCCUGUGAAGAGUGAAGAAGAAGAUGAAGAGAAAGCUCAGUCCUCACAGCUUCAUCAAAGACAAACUGAACAGAUGGAAACAGCUGAUGGAGAGGACUGUGGAGGACCAGAACCAGCCAGGAACUCAGAUCCAGAUAGUCCUUUACAACCAGAUACUGAUGACAAGACUUCACACUCUGAAACUGAGACUGAUGACAGUAGAGACUGGGAGGACACUCAGAAACCUCAGUCAGGUUUAAACUCUCUGCAAAGCAAUGACGCUCAUGUACCUGAGAAACCAUUUAUUUGCUCGGUUUGUGGUGAAAGAUUCACACACCAUCGUAACCUAAGACGGCACUCAAGAGUCCACACAGGGGAAAAACCAUUUAGUUGCUCAAUUUGUGGUACAAGAUUUGCACAGAAGGCAGAUCUUAGUCGACACUUGACUAUUCACUCAGGGGAGAAACCAUAUAGUUGUUCAGUUUGUAGCCUAAGAUUCACGGACUAUGGAAAUCGUAGACGACACAUGAGAAUCCACUCAGGGGAGAAACCGUUUAGCUGUUCAGUUUGUGGGAAAACAUUUGCACAUAGGGGAGAUUUGAGAAGACAUUUCAUAGUCCACACAGGGGAGAGACCAUUUAGUUGUUCAAUUUGUGUUAAAAGAUUUGCACACAAGGGAGAUUUGAGACGACACUUGACUGUUCACACAGGGGAGAAACCAUUUAGCUGUUCAGUGUGUGGGAAAAGAUUCAAUCAAAAGGUAACUCUGAGACGACACUUGACUGUCCACACAGGGGAGAAACCAUUUAGUUGCAGUGUUUGCGACAAAAAAUUCACUAGGCCCUGUUACCUGAGAAACCACAAGUGUGUUGGCGAGAGCAGCAGUCAUAAGUGAAGUUGCAGAGAUGCUUGUUAAGCCUUUUUUGUCAGCAGAAAUGAAGUACUGAGGACAAGACUUUGUUCAAUACUGAUCAGCCAAAUUUAGUUAGAAUUGAAGCUUAAAGCUAUAGUUGGUAAUCCUGUUCAGAAACACUUUUUGUUAUACUGGGUGAAAUGGUCCUUCCAUCCUGAGAGUAGUCAAUACAUAAUGUGUUUAGAAAAAGGAACAAAAAAAAAAAAUCCAACCUCUGUGGCAACUGCAUGCCUGUAAAAACUCUGACCAAUUCCUGCUUCUCGGUGCGAGUGGAAAGAACCAAUCAGAUGCCUUCAUGUCUCGUCCUUAUAUAUCGCUCUUAGUCUGGGGCCGUUUAGUGGCCGUUUUGGUAAGGAACCGGAGCCAGAGCAAGAGAGACAGGAUCCGGAAUUCGAUGGAUGCGCCUUUCCCUCAAAGUAAAAGCACCAAGCUAAUAAAAAUGCGGUGAAACUUUAUAAUUUACAGAAUUUAAUUUACAAGAAAAGCCCCAAGCCAUUAAGUUAACCUUUUUCUUUUAUUGUAAAUCCAUGGUGCGCCAGAAUUUAAAGUUUUACUUUGGUGAAUUUGCUGAAUUCCGGAACCAGAAUCCAGACAAAACUCAGAGUGAAUGGAAACCAGGCUCUUCCCCGUACGUGAAGAGCCUGGUGACGCGAGGCUAUAUCGCUCUGGUCCUGCCCACACCCCCCUCUGUCCCUCCCUCCUCCCUGCAUGUAGUCAUCAUGUGUCACCUUUGCUGGAAAUAUUCAGCACACUCCUCAGCAGAAAUACCAAGUUAGCAGGAGAAUAAGUUUGUUGAACAAUGGCAGAGAAAAUGCAGCCAAAAGUACCACUUCCAGCGUUACUUGUAACGGCUUGCCCCGCUAAACAGGCUAAGAAAAGAAAGUCGGAGGCAGAAAAGGCUGCGACGGAAAAGGCUUUGGAUAAAGCGAGAGGACAAACAACCAACAUGAACAGUGGAGACAACUGAGGGAGCUGAAGGACCUGAAAAGUGAUGCAGAGGUUGCUGUCUUUCUGUUAGACAGGUAAUUAUUUGUUUUGCUUCAGGGGGAUUAGUUAUUUUCAUGAAAUAUGUAACGUUAGCCAACUUAGCUACUUUUGUAGCUCGUAUUAGCCCAAUGCUAACAUUAGCUUCUCUGUCGGUGUACUGCAGGAUGCACGUUCAAGUUUGUGGGGGCAUGGCUUUGGACGGAGCACUGACACUGACGGGAGGGGGAGGAGGGUGGUGGAGCUUAGAGGAGGUGCCACUUUCAAAUCUUGCUAGUUCUCCAACAUUACCAACUAUAGCUUUAAGGUGCUGACACACCAAACCAAAAUCAAAGAACUAGUGGUGACAAAAGCCAACUGUUGCAUCGCCUCACGUCGCCCUGUGUCACUUGCAUUUGAACACGCUACAAAGACUACAUCCAACGGCCAAGUGGCACAUAUGUUCUGCACCUGUGUGAGAGAGAGCGGAGUGACUGGUACAUCCUGACAGCCAAGGGGUUUCCUAUCUGUGCAGCCGAGCACCUCCACGGACUAUUAUAUCCAGACAGUCCCGGUGUUUCCUCCGCAGGCUCCACUUCACUCAGCUGCCCGAUAAACCCCCUCCUUCUUUCCACUUUAACAUGAAUAACAAACCAGGGCUUGGUGCUCCGGUUGGAUCCAAUCGAAGAGCCGGGGCUAGCUCAGAGACUAGUGGAGGCUAACUCGCUGUGCUUCCCUCCGGACAUGCUGCGGCUAACGCCCCGCUAGCCGCUCCCAGCCAGCCCCAGCUCUCCGUUUGGAUUCUGACUGAGAGCCGGGGCUAGCUGGGAAGCUAGCAGAGGCUAACUGGCUGUGCUUCCCUCCGGUCAUGCUGCGGUUAAUGCUCCGCUAGCCGCUCCCAGCUAGAUCCGGUUUGUCAUUCAGGUUAAAGAGGGAAGAAGCAGCGGGUCUGUGGGCAGCUGAGUGAAGUGGAGCCUGAGGAGGAAGCCCCGGUCAGCCCCGGUUUCACAACAGGCAGAUUCACUCGCUACAGGGGCGAGAAAAUAAAACCUGAACAGCCAAUCAGAGUGAUCUCUCUAACCAGCUAGCUCCGCUGCUGAUUCAACAUGCUCAAUCGGCCGAAAAGCCGCCGACGCCAAAGUGCCGAUGGUGCGGGACACACCGCAAAAACUAGGCCGACAGGCGCUCACAGACGGUGCUGUCUGUGCUGUCGGCUUGGUGUGUCAGGGCCUUAAUACAGACUUAAUGGAGCCUAAAGUUCUCUGGCAAUGUUUUAAAAUUCCGGCGUAGGGCCUUUUAGAUUAAAAAAUAGAUCAGAUAGAUAAAUGAUUAUCUGUAGAUUAGGGGUGCCGUGAAAUUUCAGUAUUGAUGAUAAUCUUUUUUUUUUUCUUUCUUUUUUUUUUAUUAAACAUUUAUGUCAUGUAAUUAAGACACAUAAUAAUAUUGUGUAAAUAAUCCAGCAUCUCCUAAAUUAUUUCUGUUCCUUUCCCAUUCUGGCUGUCUCCCUCCCACAACACCAUCUGGUUGCCUUUUCACUAUCCAUAAAGUGUAAUUGCUCUUAGAGUUCUUUUUUUCAGUUAUGGUAACAGACUCACUCCUCACCUACCUGCAUUUGUAUUCUGAGUGUAAUUCAUUUGAUAGAAAAUGAGACAAAAUGCAAAAUAAACAAAUAUAAAGAUGCACUUGACUGAAAGUGUUCAUUUUAUCUUAAAUUUUCUAUAGAUGUUAUUGUUAUGAUGAACUCCACAAUGUGAAAAUCUGAUAUUGUGCCAUCCCUAAUGUAGAUAAUUAUAUGUCUGUUGAAAACACUCAAGCAUAAUUUCUUGACGUGUAGCAAUAACAUGGCUGUAUGUGUAUGUAUACAGCCAUUAAGAACCCUGUAUUUUUUACCAAUAAAGUAGUCCAAAAAUAAAAACCUUUUACACAAUGCGGCUUAGCGAAAUUCAGCUCAGCAAUGCACAAGCGCACUGCCAUGAAAAAGCACUGCAGUUAAAUUUGUUUUCAUAUCACCGUUGUGAUUUUUUGGACUGAUUUGACAUUCUUUUGACAACAGUAUUAUGCAAUCCAGAACAAAGAAACAGGCAUUGAAAAGUUUGUACCUUUUAAGUUAACAUGAAGACUGGCAUGCAGGAAUGAUUGGAGUCGAUGUCAGCAACUCUGUUUACACAGAGGUGGCGCUAAGGGCUGCUACAAAGUCCUGUCUUUUUGCUGCCUUUGCAUUUUUACAAAACCAAAUUACUGCAGUAUCAUGACACUCCAGUGUGGGAUUAUAGGCCGUAUUAUAGACCAGGGGUAUUCAACUAAAAUUCAAAGAGGUCCAGUUAGAGAAAAUUUCCUUAUGCAAAAGUCUGGAACAUCAUAAUGUCUAACUUGUGUUAUGAUUUAGUGUGAUAAAUACUGACGUAGUGUAGUAGUUGUAUCAAUGUCUGCAUGUAAUCAGCAUCUGACUGUCAAAUCAAAUAAAGAAAGUACGAAUCAAAAACAUUUCGACAAUAUUAUUGUCACUUAACACUGAACUAUUCAGAUAUGCAUUUAAAAAUAAA